AUGCCUGAUUUCUUCGAGGGCAACCCCGCCGAUAUCUCCUGGUACCCACCGACCACCGACGAACACAAGGAGAAGCUUUCCAACUUUUUCCAGACCAAGGCUGCUCCUCCCAACACCCUUCCCAAGAUCCCCAAAGUGGUUGAAGAGGCCAACAAGCUUGCACCUGGUGGUGCAUUCCAGUCCUGGACGAUUUUAGGUCACUGCUGGGGCGGUAAGAUUGCUGUACUGUCUGCAGCUCAAUACAAUACCUUUAAGGUAAGCGUGCAGUGCCAUCCAGCAAUGGUCGACCCAAAAGAUGCCGAGUCCAUCAAGGUGCCUUUUUGCAUGCUUGCUUCAAAAGAUGAACCCGCAGAAGAUGUUACCGCUUUCAAGGCAAAUCUACAGGUCCCCAACCAUGUGGAGACUUUUUCGACUCAGAUACACGGUUGGAUGGCUGCCCGAUCGGACCUGGAGAAUCCGGAGGUGCGUAAGGAGUACGAACGUGGAUACAAGACUGUCUUGGAUUUCCUCCAUCAAUAUGCGUAG